AUGCCACGUCCUCCUAUACAUAAAACAAAUCAGGCUAAACUACAAGCCGCUCGUGAAAAGUCCCAGCGCCACUAUGCGAAAGAGAGUAUCCUCAAAAGACGACGAGAACUUCGUGUUGAAAAAAAUAAACCAACGCGGGAGACCCGACAGUUUGAGAAGGCAGUUGCGAGAGCCUUGAAAAGCCAUGACGACUCGGAUGAAGAUGAGAGUGACACUGAGCUGGAGACUGAUGAAUCUAGCGAUGAUGAGAAUGACACACCAUCAGAUCUCCCAGGGUGCCUCCUUGCUCUCAAAGAGAUCAAGGACGAGAUGUUGUCAUUGACCGAUGAUCGUGAACCCCAGAAAUUUGUCGAGGACAACCUCCUUCACUACGUCAAAAGCAUCAAAUACACGGACGACCGUGGUGAUAAUGGUGACAUCACCAUUAUCUCAAACACAAUGCUCAAGGUUCAAGAUAUUCUAAAUCGCUCAAUUCGCGUGCAAGAUCAACUCCUUAAUUUUUGUGGCCCAAUCUCAGACGAGUUUCGUACAGCUAACUCAAUGUCUCGAUUUCUCAGCACCACGGCUGCAUAUCUUGAAGAAAUUGAUUAUUUGAUUCACUGGGAGGGAGUUUCUGAACUUUGCGUUGCUCACUCGUUAGGGGAGUUAAUGUAUCAGAAAAACCUCCGCGUUUGA